UUGGAGAUUUUUAAAUAAAAAAUUGUCCUUCUAAGAAAAUGUCAUUUCAAAUUGUUUAUUUUUUUACGUAAUUUAUUACUUGUGUAACGAAACUUGAAAAAAGGUAAAAGUACAGGUAAUUAAUCAGUGGGUAAAGCACGAAACCCAUUGCCUCGAAAAAUUACGUUUUACUUUGUUCGUUAUCAAAUUAGUAAUUCUAACUAAACUAACUCUAGCGGGAAUUUUUUACUAAAGGGGGAAACUACAAGGGGGAAUGAGCCUAUAAGGAAAGCGUAGCAAAUAAUUAGGUGGAGGUUCUUGUUUGAUAUUGAAUGCCUAGUAACGGCUUCCAUGGCAGCACUAGCCAUGACAGUAACAAUCUUAAAUCAGUAGCAUAACCCUAAAUAUAAUUCUAAAAUGUUGGUAAGAUUGAAAACUGUACUAUACCAGACACGUAUUGCACUUGUGGCAUUAUCCAGAAAUAAAAAAUUCACUUACAUCAUUUUAUAUAUUCCGCUGAUACGUAUUGCACUAUUUUUUAUUUGUAAUAACAUACUCAACUAUUGUCCUGUCACCUUCACUUUUUUCUAUAGGCUGAGCGUAGUCUCACUUUUGAGUUCCGUAAUUAUAAUAAUCCGUUCCAUUUGAUUUAAUAAAAAAACGUGCAUUUUCAGAGAUCACAUAAUAUGUCAAAUUAAUUGUACUUAAAUAGCACGUUUAAAUAUACAAAUCGAAUGUCAACCAUCGGGAAACCAACUACUUGCAAAGAUGCGAUUCGACGUUGGGAGGAAGAAACUGGACAAGAAGCUCCAUCCGCGACGGAAGUUAAUCUAAGCUUUCAAUGGCCUCCGAUUGAAAAAAUGGAUAACGCAUUAGCGUCUUUGUCCAAGUGUGAAAAACUUUCGCUAUCAACGAACAUGAUCGAAAAAAUUGCCGGUAUUGGAACCUUGAAAAAUUUGAAAAUUUUGUCACUUGGACGAAAUUUUAUAAAGGGAUUUUCUGGCCUUGAAUCGCUUGGUGACAAUUUAGUUGAAUUGUGGAUUUCGUAUAACUGUAUCGAAAAGCUGAAAGGCGUUAAUGCCAUGCGGAAUCUGCGGGUGCUAUAUAUGUCAAAUAAUUUAGUGCGCGAAUGGAACGAAUUCGCACGAUUACACGAAAAUCAAAAUCUACGUGAUUUACUGUUUGUUGGGAAUCCAAUAUGCGAUGGUCUUGAGACAGAGGCCUGGCGAACGGAGGUCGCGAGACGAUUACCAUAUUUAGAAAAACUCGACGGUGAACCAAUUAUUCGAACGGAAGAAGGGUUGCCAGGUCAAAUUCCAAAAACUGAGAGCUUACAGCAAAUUUCGAAAUCGCCAGAACGAUCACCUACUUAAAUAUUUCCUUCUUGAGACAUUUACCUU